GACACUUUACACUCUCCGCGCGGAGGAAUGGUCGCUGCUUUUACUCUCCUGGAUAUAAACUCGACAGUAUCUUCAUAUUUUUACUUCUUCUGCUGCAGGCUCCUUUGAACAGUUGACAUUUCGAUUCUUUUUGCUCGAUUAUCAGUAUAAACUCUUUGAUCGGUGCUGAGCAGAGGUUUAAUAUUAGUCAACCUAAAACAGAUCGAUCAGAAGAAAGCAGUUUUCUUAUAAACUAGACACUAUCUGCAUAUGUUUACUUCUUCCUCUUCUGCAGACUUCUUUGAACAGUUCUCAUUUAGAUCGUAGAAUUUGUUUUGCUCAAUUAUCAGUAAACUUCACCUGUUGCCUCGACAUGUUGAGAAGCGCAGAGCAGAUGUGAGCGUCCUAAACCAGAAUACCUAAAACAGAUCGAACAGAAGAGCGUACUUUCUUUAUUUUUUAGUUCAGUGACAUCAUGGAUCUGAGAUCGGAGCACGCCUCAAUCUCCUCUGCCUCUCAACUCCACCCUGGAGCGGCAGCGGCAGCCGUGGCAGCGUCCAUCCCGGUGUCCAUGGCGAACAGCAUUCUGCGCGGCUCGCCGCUCAUCCUGCGCGCAGCCGACAAAUACCCACGCACCCCGAAGUGUGCCCGCUGCAGGAACCACGGGGUCGUGUCGGCGCUGAAGGGCCACAAGCGCUACUGCCGCUGGAAGGACUGCAUGUGCGCAAAGUGCACGCUGAUCGCCGAACGGCAGCGCGUGAUGGCGGCACAGGUGGCACUGAGGCGACAGCAGGCGCAGGAGGAGAACGAGGCCCGGGAGUUGCAGCUGCUCUACGGCACAGCGGAGGGACUGGCUCUGGCUGCAGCUAAUGGCAUCAUCCCGCCGCGUCCCAAUUACGAGGUGUUCAACUCCAUGAGCAGCGAGAGCAACUCAGAUUCAAGUAUCCAGAAGUAUGAGAUGUUUUCAAAGAGCCAGACCUCCGCAGCCUCUCAGCAGACUCUGGGGAAAGCGUCCACAGAGAGUGACUCUGCGCCGGGCAUCUCCUCCCCGGACGGCCGGCACGGUGGCUCCGGCUCAGAGAACGGAGACAGCGAGUCCUUCAUCAGCUCUCCGGUGUCCAAACCUCUAAAAGACGGCGGGGAAACCCCUCGCUCCGUCAGCUCCCUCGGUUCCGACUCAGGCUCUGAGACCGACAAAGACGAGCAAGAGGCCUCUCCGUCCUCCGCGGCCUCCCGGCACAUGAACGCCAUCGACAUCCUGACCCGGGUGUUCCCAAGCCACAAGAGGAGCGUCCUGGAGCUGGUGCUGCAGGGCUGCGGGAAGGACGUGGUGCAGGCCAUCGAGCAGAUCCUCAACAACAGCGGGGGAGCGAACUCCAACAAGGCCGGCGCAGAGGAGGCGUGGACGGCGGAGAGGGUGCUCCAAAGUGCACAGCAGCUGCAGCACACCUCUACAUCCUCAACCGGUCCUCCGAGGCCCAUGCUCCCGGGAGCCAUGACGCUCAGCAACCGAUCUGCAUUCUCUCCUCUGCAGCCGAACUCUCCACACUUCGCCGACCCAAGCACCUAUCAGCUGGGCACACACCUGGGGCUGAACCCGCUGAGGCUGGCCUACUCCGCGCACAGCCGGGGACUGGCCUUCAUGACGCCGUACUCCACCACCGGUCUGAUGCCCACCCUGGGCUUCAGACCCCCGAUGGACUAUGCCUUCAGCGACCUGAUAAGAGACAGGACAAUGUUGCACAAGGAGCAGGGCUACCCGAGCAGUCUGUACGGGCCUCUGGUGAACAACACGCCGGAGAAACAGUGAGGCAAUGCGGACUGAUCUCAGAGACACGCUGCACUGAAAAAACUGAAGAGUUGACUUUAAUUAAAUGUAUUAAGUCAACACAUUUCACAUAACUGUAUUAGGUUAGUUGGAAGCAAUGACAUCAAGGUCUAACUUGAUAUUUUUAUUGCUUUUCUUAUAUAUAUUUAUGUUGUAUUGUUGCAGGAACUUGUGAUCCAAUAGUUUCAUUGCGCAACUGUUGCUGUGUAUUUGACAACCCCUGACUAACCCUAACCUUCAGCUAACCUAAAACAGUUGUGUGAAAUCAGUUGACAUUAUACAUUUAAUUAAAGCCAAUGGUUCAGUUUUUCUUUUAGUGUGUGGUGUAUCUGUAGCCACAAGUGUUGAAUGUUCCUGGCGAAAAAUCUGUGAUGUGUUUUUUUUUUGGCUACCUGCUGCUGUAAAUAAUAGGAAUAUCUGGCUUGUAGUCAAACGGUCUGAGAGAGUAAAACUUAUGUGUAAUUUUCCAAAAAUGAUUUUAUAUGUUUGGAUGACAUUCCCCAAGAAACUGAUUAUAAUUAAAGCUGAGAAGAUAUUUAUAAAAAUCCCAAAUAAAUCACAAUGAAGCUGGGAAAGUAAAAGUAAAAAAUAAAUCAACCUAGUUCUAUUACUGAUUUAAUUCUGCAGGAUUUCAAAUAAAUAAGUCACAAUUUUCAGCUGGUUGGUGAAACUGAAAUGCAAAAUCCAACACACACAUGGAAUAUUAAAUGAGGCAAAAUUAAGUUAUUAUAACAUGUAGAUUACUGAUGUUAACCCUGUUUCCUGAUGUACCAGUUGAACUAAUGAUGUGUAAAUGCCAUCCUUCUCUUUUCUUAUGUAUUAUUUCACUUAUCUCACCUAUAUUUGUUUAGUUCAUUUCCAACUGCCUGUAUUAUAUAAUGCAUUUGGUAACAUGGAACGCUAUAUGCUAUAUUUGACUUUUCAUUUAUCCUUUAGUCAGCCUUAAAUAUUUUGUGACAAAGUGCUGGAUCAAGUCAGUUCAUCUUCAAAUGUUACAAGCUGUGCUGUCACAUUGUAUGAAUA